GCUGCCCGGACCGUCUGCUCACACAACGGCUCUUUUAAGAGCCACACACUCCCACAUGGAGGGCAACCAUCAGAGUACCGUGUCCGUGAUGAGAUGAACAUACACAAAACCUCAUUUGAAGCGUGAAAUAAGCACAUUGACACUCCGGAAGUUACACUUGUAACACAAGGUAUCCCAAUUGCUUCCCACUUAACCUUUAGUAAUGUGUUAAUUCAAACACGUCUAUUUAAUCGCUGAUGUUGACAGUAGGAUCAAGAAGAACAAGGUUAAAGUGACCUUCGCGUUGUGAAUAUUCUCCUUCUUGAGUUAUUCCAUGGUGUAAAAUCCCUACGGGUACGCCAGCAUUUCUAAACGCUGUCGGUGCAAAUUACUUCCCUGUUUUCACAAGUUGAAACUUAAGUAACACUAUCAGUUGGCGCCAUUUUGACUCCACCCGACCUCAGUUUCAUAAACCAACUUUUCACUCGCUCAGCUCAAGUUGCCUUCAGUUAAAGCUUCAUUUAAAAAAAUAAAACUCAAUCGUUUAUCGCUGAAGUCGUGAAACGGGUACACUGAAAGGUUUCUCUGAGCUCGUCAAAAGCCAACGCGCUUCUUCUUGUUUGAGGUUUUUUCAAUAUUACUUCCGCAUCGGUGUCAAACAUGUUCCAGCAGCUCAGUUUGACAGUUACCGAAGCACUGCGCAUGCCCAACUUGACCCGCAGAUAUCAGCCAAUCAGAGAAGGGCAACAGCACAGAAAAAUUUACAUAAAUUCGUUCAUAAAUACUGCGGCUCGGCUUCUAGAGAGGAAUAAAUCGGUUUACGAUCGAUCAUCGCAGAGAUGCCAGACACGCCGAAAGCCUCCAAGAAGGGCUCGAAGAAGUCCGUCCCGAAGCCGAAGGGCGGCAAGAAGAAGCGUCGCGCCAGGAGGCAGACGUACGGCCUGUACGUGUACAAGGUGCUGAAGCAGGUGCACCCGGACACCGGCAUCUCGUCCAAGGCCAUGAGCGUCAUGAACUCCUUCGUCAACGACAUCUUCGAGCGCAUCGCCUCGGAGGCGUCCCGCCUGGCGCACUACAACAAGCGCUGCACCAUCUCCUCCAGGGAGAUCCAGACCGCCGUGCGCCUGCUGCUGCCCGGGGAGCUGGCCAAGCACGCCGUGUCCGAGGGCACCAAGGCCGUCACCAAGUACACCAGCUCCAAGUGAGGAGCCCCCCGCAACCAAAGGCCCUUUUCAGGGCCACUCACUGCUCACGAGGGCGCAACUCCCAAAGCUCACGCACUACAUCUACGUUUGUUACAUUAUUGUCAUUAAUAAGGCAGAAACUUCUUACUGAAUGUCUUCUACACUUUAAUGAAUGUUUACUUUUUCUGGCAUGGCAUUAACUUGGAGCCAGAUCACUUUAAAUUCAUGUUCCUGAGUAAAGUUUAUGACAAAUAAUUACAACAGGGUGUGAAAUUACAGAAACGUGCUGUGGUUUUAUGCUAAAACUGAUGUAGUCAAAUAUUAAAUUGUUGAUAUAUUAAAUACUUAUUACCAGUACUGGUGUCCUUUUAUGAGUGGAAAUAACAUUUGUAUAACAUAUUUGUAACGUCUUUGUAAGUAU